AUGGGGAUUAUCAGGAGCGGGUUCAAUCUCAUGCUCGGUACGUUCUUCGGCAUCUACAUAGCUCAGAACUAUAACGUGCCUAACAUUCACAAGAUGGCCAACGCCGGGGUGGCCAUCGCCAAAAGCAUCGAGGAAUCGUAUAGGAAGCCGAAGAAGAGAGACGUGGAGGAUUGA